AUGGAGUCAUCAAAGGUAGCCACUGUACCGCCAACUACAACGGUAGCUAAUGCGUCAGGAACGACCACUACUACCACAGGCACUCCGCCAGCGACUGUUAGUUCGGACGAGACAGUAACUCCUGUGACCUCCACACCGGAGCAUGAUAAAGUAAUUCCCACCGCGGUAACGACCGAUUGUACCGCAGCAGACGAUACAGAGCCAAAAAUCGAACAAGUGACCCCGGCGGAUAUGGAACCACAAAGUCCGCCAAAUCCGGUGGACAUGCAGGAGCUUGUUGAUCCGCUGGCAGUGUCAGAAGAGACACCAGAAAUUAGUACAACUUCCAACGAACCGGAGCAACCGUUGGAAGGGCUGGCGAGUACGAUAAAAGGUACCGAACCAACAGUAGAGGAAGAUUCGUUGGCAGGUGCUUCGAACAGUGAGGCAACGUCUGAACAAGUUCUAAAACCGACCACAUCCGCUCAACCUGCGGUUGCAAAUGAUGACAGCAAGCCUGUGGAUAAAUCUGCGGAAGUUUCCGAGUCUACUCCAACGUCGACAUCUUCGCCUAGUGGAAAUCCUUCCAUGGACAGCAGCAGUACUGUUGAGGAAACGAAAGGUUCGAAUAGAGUUUCCCCUGCAAGAACGCCUCCGCCAGUGGUGGAGUCUUCCACAGCCUCUCCGGAAAAGUCUGUCACAGUUGCUGCUGAUGAUUCUUCUGCUCCAUUGGAUGGACCUAUACAAAUAACGACAUCCACGGUGGAUAGUAGCAGUAGUGGUGAUAAAACUGAAGACAAAAUUGUUGAAACCGUCGAAGGGUCUAGCAGUAAUAGUAGUGAUAAUGUAAAUAGUAUUAAUAAUGACUGCAGCAGUAGUAGUAGCAUUCGGCACAGCAAAGAGGCAGAAUCUCACAUGCCUGCGAGAGAAAAUGGAUCCACGAGUCUCAACCCGAAUACGACAACAACGGAUCCGAGUGAUCGAACGCGAUCACUAUCUACUGAGGUCGUUCCGCCGUUGACGGUCGAGGUGGCUAUGAAUGCUGUGAUAGAGAAGGAGACAUCGGCAAGUAGUGUGGACUCAACCCCGAGUGGACCUGUGAUAUUGCGACAGGAAGCCGACAAAGACGAGAAACAACCGCCGGAAUCGUUAACACGACCGGAUGAAUCCCAGGAAAGGCUUGACGAAAACAAGGCUCUAGAAAACCAUGCUGAAACGAAUGAUGCAAUCUUAAACCGGCCAAAUAGAGAGAGUGGUUGUGAUCCUCCCGUCGAUCAAAGGAGUAAUGAAACGUUAUCUGUUGAAAGCAGCGCAAAUAAAGUGAACGGACAAGAGAAACGUGAAGCGAACUUACUUGAACAUCGCGAAUCUUCAGCGGUUCCACCGGAACCCGAUCCAGGCCCACCUGUUGAAGAACAGUUUCGCCUGGUUGAUUCCAAAAGUGCUGAAAGUUGUAAAAAUCUGAAAGAGAAUGAUACAACCAAAAGUGUCACUUCGGGGGAGGCUCAGUACAAUACGGUGCAAACCACAAAAAACAUGGAAGCUGAGUCAUCACAAAACGAGAUGAUUAACGGAAGCAACAAUAGUCGAACGAUGAACACCCUUAGCACUGGACUUGCUAGUCGAAGUGAUUAUCAUCAGCAGCAACAAACGCCUCCAGUUUCGGCUCGAAAUCCACUGCAGUUCACGGAGGUAGCUAACGACGAGGUUGAGCUAAAAGUAGACGGUGGUCAUCUGCUGGAUCGUGUCAUUAAGCUGUCGCUCUUAAAGGGACUGCAAGACAGUGGAAAACGAUUGGCAAAGAGUAGUCUGAUUAUUUCCGGAGCCGGCGCUAGCAUCGGCGAGGGUGGAAAUAGCGAGGCGACACUAGCAACAACUUCCUCGCUGAGCAAAGCAAAGAGUGCGGCUGCAGGGUUGCGGUUGAUGGAGGAACAUAAAACCACGCCACCCGCUUUAGUGGCCAAUGGGGGUGUAUCAGGAAAUGUCGAGGGAGCUCAGGUUGCUGUUACGGAAAUAGCGAGCAGUACGAAGGAGAUAGCAGACUCUCCAAAUUGUCCAACUGUGCAGAGUGGAGGAAGAAUUCGCCACUCAAGUGAUACUACAGUAAGCAGUAGUCCCUCUGGGGAAUUGGAUGCAGGAGUUCGUAGCAGUAGCAACAGUUCGUUAGAUUUUCGAGAGGAGGAAAGGUCACCAACGGUACAGGUUCAGGAAACUGCCUCGCCUGUUUCUAGCUUAGAGGCGUCGUCAAGCCGGAGCUGUUCCGCACGGGAACCAGUAGCCGCUGUAGUACCGCACAAUAAUGAGCAUCUACCCAUGAAAGCGCGCAAACCGCAGUACUACGCUAGUAUUCCUGAUUUUUCGAAGCAACAAUUUUCCUCGGCUGCACCCUUGCCUACCGUGUCAACCUCGACGACAACGGCCGCGAAAAGUCUCGCUCAGUUACACAUGAAAACGCCUGAUUUUAGUCGUCUAGUGUGUGAUACUGUACCGUCCAGUCAAACGUCGCCGUCCUCCACGACGACGAAUUCUGCACUGUCUACCAUCACUUCUACGAACACGCGGACAACGAGUGAGCUUAAAAUCUCAAACCCGGACUUCACGAAAGGGUUUGCCACACAAAAUUCACACUAUAGUUCGGUGCAAGGCAACAAUCAACAUGCUCACGAUCAGCAGCAACCAGAAAAUCCAGCCAGCAGCUCUCCGUACGUUACGCAGGACACGUUUAGUAAGCUCAUAAAGGAGCGAAACUACAUUGCGGAUUUGCAGUUAAAGAACCCUCCUCCGACGCAAAAUCAAGGCUCAUCUGAUGCGCCAACGGUUGUCAAAGGCGCUGGAUUACAAAACGAUUAUCCGCCUUCGAGGGUAGUUGUGGUAGACACCACAUCAACGACGUCUGGAGGUCCUGCAACUUAUGGACAUGGUGCUUCCACUCCUAUCAAUCAGUACCGUAGAACUUCGUCAAUUGAGAACGGAAUGGAACCGGAACCGAAGGCUCAUGUGAUACACAAGAAUGCAGAAAGUUCUUCAGCACAACCACCGCCGGCCUCGCAACCCGUCGGGGUAUAUCAUGCACCGAAAACUUGGAAUCCUCCCGAGUUUAGUAGUAAACACUUUACUCAAAGUUCCGCUAGCAAUAGUCGACCUGGGGGUACCAACGGAGCUGGACCAUCCUCUACAUCCCCUUCAUCCCGCGAUCCUUCUCCUGCGCCGUCGUCUUCCUCACCGCAUCAACCAUCGUACGGACAGCAUCCUGGUGGGUUAGUUAACUAUACCGGCAAAUCCCCCCAUGCUGUACCAACGUCAGUUGCCGGAACGGAGAGAAUCAUCGUAAAUAAUGUGCGAACCUAUUAUCCUGAGGCUUCUGUCCCGCCUGCAUCUGCAUCGCUGCCACAUUCCGGAACGGUUUCCCAGACUCCCGCGUCGUACCCUUCGUUGCCGAAAGUGAAGGAUCCUGAGUUUCGCUUGGAUCAAAAUAGAGAGCAGCUGUUACUGCAGGAGGGUACUAUCGUGACGGUUAAACAAGCUCAUUCAAAUCACUCAACAGGCAGGGGUCAGCUUCCUCCUCCAACUACAACCAGAUCACCGUCCGCUGAGAGGCGCGAGGCACAGAUGAUGCAAAAUUCGCAAGAUAUCUUAUAUCGCGAUUAUAAGCAACAUAAAAAGCCAACUAGUUCCGUAGGACCGGUCACUAGCAAUAGCCGUCCAGCAGGACCCUCGCAGAGUCCAAUAGAUCGUCGAUCGCCGUACGAUCCAGCUGCGUACUAUGCACAAACAAUGAACCAUCACCGACCUCCUGUAAUUCCUCCUCAAGGUGGAGGGUUGAUGCAUCCACCUCCGCCAAACUGGCCCGGACCAGGGCAACACCUUCCAUCACACCAAAUGCUGAGGGGGGCAGUUGGACCAGGUGCACGCACCAGUCCACCGGGCAACGGAGCUAGUCCGGUGUCAUCUCCUGCACCGCCACCGAACAGUCAGCACCAUUAUCACCAUCCUCCCCAUCCUCAUCAAGCUCCUUAUUAUGGGCAGUACAAAAAUGCUCCCAGUCCCGCAUCGGGUUCGACGUACGGAACUAACUCUUCCCCUGCUCAGCCGCAAGGAACUGGUGGUAAAUAUCCACCCCAACAGCCUUACCCUAGUGGAACUGGUGCUUCAGAUCGAAGACAUGAAGUAUUAGAGCGUGGCGUAGGCUCAGGUAACUACAAAGGAUUGGACUACAAUAUGGAGCAAAAGUUUGCGGAAGUUUAUCAAGCCCAUCAAGCGAAGGAAAAGCAGGCAGCUGCAGAAGCAGCAGCAUCCAGCUCUGUUAGGCAUGGGUCUCGCCCAGUACCUGGUACUGCUAGUGGUAGUCCAGGUAUUUCAUCAACACCCGGGACAUCAUCGAAGGGACCGGCUCCUUAUAGUUCGGCGGGAUAUGAGCAGUACCAUCCGUACUACCAACACUCGCAAGCGACACCUUCUCCAACGUCCACGCCAUCACCAGUGCCUUCUCCACACCAUAGAAAGUAUAGUGGUCCACCAUCGAGAGACCCUUCGCCACUGGGACAGCAACCACAGCAACAACAUCUACAUAAUCGGUAUGGAUCAAGCGAAACUUCGUACCACUUAGCUUCUGGAGGUCCUUCAGCGAUGUACGCGCAUCCCGUCGCUCCAAAACCAAACGAGCAAGGAACCUCACAACAACCCAUGCCCCCUGCGUCAUACUAUCAAAAUCAGCCGUCGUCGUCAUCGUCGUCCUAUUCCAGUGCAACUGCUACGUACUCAAGCCGUCCGCAUAACUCACACGGAGCUGUUAUGAGCCCCCAUCAUGCUAAUCCAGCACAACAGUCUGUGAUAAGCGGUAAUCCGUAUGAUCGGUAUGUUCAUCCAUAUGCUACCAGUGGAUCGUCCCAACCCGUUCCUGGGGGACAACAGCAACAACAAACACACCACUCGAAAUCAUCACUUCCGUACCCCGCAGCAGGUAGACUCCAAGGACCUCCGCCUUUGCAACCAACUCCAGUUCCGGUGGUUGUUCAAUCGCCAGUAAUCCAUCCUCCGCUAACGGGAAGCAAAAACAUACCUGUCCGAGUUAUCGCUACAGCACCACCGGCAGCUGCUUCCUCUACGAAUGCUGCAUCUCUACCUACUACCGUGCCUCCAGUACAACCACAAGGAACGCCUCGAUCCUUGGCACAGUCCAAUGCAUCUUCUUCAUCUGUUGUUGUAGCUUCGUCGCAGCCAGUGUUGGCGUCAGCAGGAGAGGAAAAUGGUAGUCAGCGUGAGAUGAACACUGUUGCAGCAACGACGCCAGUAAUUAUCGCUCCUGCCAAACGAGAAUCUCCUCUUGAUCUUUCCGUCAAAACCGUCAAAACGAAGGCCGAUUCAACCGGUUGUGAUGAUUACACUAUGAGUGCUAGUAACAGUAGUAUCAGCAGCAGUAGCAGCAGCAGUAGUAAUGGUGGAAGUGGUCGACCCCGCGAAGUGGUGCCAAAAGUGGACUUUAGUCCAAACUUUCAGAAACACAUUCCCCCGAGAAAUCCUGGCUCCAGUGGUGCAUCUGGCGUUAACCCACCAGCAGCAGAUGUCAGACAGCCGGAACCACAAAAUCAACCGAUACCUUCGCCAACGCGCCACGUUUCUGUCAUCAGUCCUGCAAUACCUCCCGGGUACGAUAAGAAAACGGACGCUUACAUGUCGGCGAACUACCGUGCGGUUGGUGGACCCUUGGUAUCACCGGCAUAUCAGUACCCUGGUGCUUCAACGCGGUUAGGGCCAGGCCCAGUAGGAGGAGGUUAUGACGGUUCGCCGGCAACAGCACCGGCUUCAUCGUCUUCAAUGGGUUCGGCAAGUAGCAAAAGCGUAUACUAUCCGCCUACGGGACUAGAAUAUGGACGUCCCGCUGGUAAAUCUGGUUCGGGAAGCAUUGUAACUGGGCAAGCAGCAACGGCACCCGGAGCAACGAACGCACGUUCCAACUCAUCCUCUCAGGGCACACCGUCGACUGGACACUCUUCACACUCGCAAGCUGUCAGCGCUCAACCGCGUCUAGACGAUCCCCGCAUCGAGGAUCGCAAGUUUGUAGAAAGCAUGUUAAAGAAGAAAACGUCACCCUCUUCAGAUGUAAUGGCCGACCUUCAAGCUGGAAAGUUUCCGACGCGUAUUCCACAGAAUAUGGUUCCGAAAAAGCGAGCUGCAGCGGCCGCAGCAGCAGUAGCUGCAGCUGAAGCAGCCAUGACAAAGGUACCCGUCAUUCAACCCGGCGUAUCUUCUCCAACAGUUCCAACACCGGCAAAGGUGGCCAAAUAUGAAGAUCCUACAGCAACCCGUGGCCAAGGAGGACCAGCGCAAGUACCACUACAAGGACAUCCUCAAAUGUCUCCUCAAGGAGCACCGAUAUUGGAUGGACGGUACCCAAACCAUUCCCAAGGACCACCUCCACGAGAAGCAGCGUAUGCAAACUACGCUCAUGGUGCAAGUCAAGCGGGCAUUCAUUAUACAAGCUCCAGCAAACGUGCAUCAACCCCCGAGAUGCCCAAUGGUCCGACUGUACACCCAUCCGUGAUAACAACCAACUAUCAUCAUCAUCCGCCAGCCGUGUUACAGCAGCAGUAUGCCACAGAUGCUCGGUACUAUCAACACCAUCCUUCCGCUCCAGUAAAAUCUCGAGAUGAUCACAUAAUUCCCGUGUACCAUCAACCUCAUUUAAGAGGUGGCAAUGCGGUAUCGUACGCGCCACAUACGUAUGGAUAUUCGAAAGACGAACCUAAUGUUCAUUCACCAUACCCUCAGCACCAUUCGGAAUCGAUGAUGUAUCAAAAGGUGCCUCCCGGAGCACCGCCAUUUCGUUAUGGCGAUUCUUUGAAAGCACCUCCAGAGCAUACGACCGUACAUCAUAUGCAGUCUCAUAUUCACUACACGGGUGGUAAUGUAGGAGCUGUCCCAAAAGUUGGUCUAGGAGCUUCUCAUCAAUAUCAACAUCAACAACAUCCUCAGUCGCAGAAUCACUCUCCACAAUCGGCGGCCGAAACGAUGGCAGUCUCUCAAUAUUCUGCAAACGUUCAUCCUAACUACGGACCACCACAACAUCAUCGUGGAGCGGAUCAGUCGGUGAUUUCGAAGCUGCGAACUAGUCUCGAACUUAAGGAGUACGAAAAGCAACGUAUCAAUCAACUUCGUAAGCAGCCGGGUAUGGAACUAGGCGAUGAAGACCGCGUCCAGAAAGCAGCCAUGCCACCUGCAUCUCCAGUGGCGACUAGUAUUAUGCCUUCGCUGCAUGAUGCUCCCUCACCGUCGUCGCGCUUUCGUACUAAGGGUGAGCUCAAAGGGUAUACCCCACUACCGAUUCCAAGUGUGGUCACCAAACCGCACCGGUCCAUCAAUGAAUCUCCUCCACUGUCCUUAAAACGAGAAGAACGUGCCGGUGAAGAGGCCAAAGCAGACGAUGAAGAAACGAAGCAAUCAAUUGUUCCACCGCUCGAUAUGGAUGGAGCGUCGGCGCUGGAUAUAUUGGACUGGGGCAGCACCUGCAAUGAAUUCGUCGAACAAUUGCAGACGGGUAAAAAGCGUGGACGACGGAAACGAACGGCAGCAGUUACGUUAACAGCCGCUGGAUCGGUUGGCGGUCGCAGUUGGCCUGCAAUCGAUUCGAUCGAAACGACUAUUCCGGUGGCCGAUGGUUCUACGACCGAUUUGUCGGCCAUUCCGAAGGAAGUGCUCAAUUCCGCUCGUUCACCGCAUCGUCUGAAAGGAGCUCGGGAUGGAAGCGAAAGCUCGAGCGACGAAGACAAGCCACUGCUGCUACUUCGCCAACAGUCCCAGCAACAGCAAAAAGAUCAUGAGCAGGGACAGGUGGAUGGCAAAGCGCACGUUGAAAUGGUUCAAACGGAGAAGGCGGCGCGUAACCAUCGCGAAAAGCAAAGGCUCGAAUUGCAGCAGAAGCACGAAGCUAAACUGGGCCGUUCAAGUAGCACAGACAGUGAAACGGCACGGGUUGCAUCGGCUGCUGCGCAGCGCGCGAAAGCACGCGUUCGUAAGCUACGUCAUCGGUCGAGCGUCGUACCGGCCCUGUCGCUUAAGUCUUCCGAUGGUGAUGGUGACGUGACAGCGGACGGUGGCGAGGAUGAAGGUGGUAAGCAGGCGCAGAAGCGUGUGCCACAUUCGUUAGCGAACAGUGCGAAACGGAAGCGUAUCCGAGGGCCAGCUUCACGGUCGUCUUCUGCGUCGUCCUCGUCAUCUUCCGAAAGUAAUGCACCGGCGCUAAAAAAGCCCGAGAAUGAGAUGCCAAGAAAACGUGGCCGCCCAAAGGGCACGGGAGCUGGUGUUAAGCGUGGCCAACAAUCGACCCACAGCCGAUGUCAAACGGGUACGAUCAAGCAGGAACCGAAUGAAAACAGUGAUCUCAGUUCGGAUGAAGAAUCUCGCGCGAUACGUACACCGCAUAAGAAUGGAUCUGGCACAGCCGGCAAUAGUGACUCCGCUAAGAAGCGUGAAGGAGGAGCAGCCGUCAGUAAUACGGGGGGAUCUUCCGGAAGUGGCAAUGGCGCGGGAGGCAAAGCACAGCAUGGAAGUAAGGUGAACGAAGGAUCAACGUGCAACGAUGAGCAGAAGGACAAGAUCACCUCCGUUGGGGCUAAGAAAAAGCUCACGAAAGCACGCACCAACUCACGCUCGAAGGCAGAUUCGUCAUCGGCUUCGUCAUCAGCCAGUACGUCAUCGUCUGAAGAGGAAGAGGAGGAAGCGGAAGAGACUAUGACUCGCUCACGCAGCAAACGGGAAGCUGAACGUCGAAGAUCGAACAGUAAAGUGCUGCGCAACGAUAAGAUCGUAGAGAAUUGCCCGAAUCCGUCCCAAAGUCAACGUGUCAACGCUCGAAACCGUGCUGACAGCGAACGGACACCAACGAAGAAGACCAAAGCGCGCAAACUAGCGAUAGGCGAACCAACGCCUAAACGAUCGAAGUCGCGAGUGGUAGAUUCGGAUUCGGAUGGUUCGAAAGCGGGAGUUGGUAACGCUGUUCCUCGUAAACGUACACGGCAGGCUUCAAAAAACGCGCCAAAUUCGUCGGCUGGUUCAGGCGAGUCGGCGGACAGUUCGAGUGAGAAUGACGGCCGGAUGGAUCUGUCCGAGCGUUUGCGCUCUCGCAAAGUCGCCAAACGAGCGACGGAUGAGCCAGGUCGAAAGCAACCCACUUCAACUUCCAUGAAAAGUGGCUCCCGUCGAGAAAGUACUACCUCGGCGAAAGGGAGUGAAUCAUCCAGCAAGAAGAAGGGAAACAGUGCUGGUCCAUCCUCCACCUCUGCAUUGGCCGGAGUGAAGAAAUCCUUAAAAGAGUUGAAUCAGACGGAACCGCCGGACCAUUUUUAUCCCGGCUGGGAAAAGGAGCUGUACGAAUAUAAGCGAUCGCUCAAGGUACCGCCCGAGUUGAUCACGAUCGAUGGUGGGCUAUACAUGCACCGGAUUUCGACUUCGCUUCCGGAUCUGGAUUCUCCGCAUCACAGUGAUGGUUCGGAAACGUUCACGGAGAUCAGAAAGAAACUUAACCAGCGCGAGGUUGGAUCAGUACCACCGAAACGAUUCAAAACGAAGGCUGCGGCCAAGCAACAGCAGCAGCAACCCCAGCCCGGAACGUCCUCUUCGUCAGGCACUGUGAUCGUGAAGGAGGAGGAACAUAACCGACAGGAGCGCAAGAAGAUUGACGACGAUAAAAAGUUCAGAUCGAUCAUAGAACUACUGCAUCGUCGGUGCAUUGCGGCUCAGGGAGCAAAACCUAUGCCAACAUCUAGCAGUAGUCGAGGAAAGGGAGCGAAAAGUGCAUCAAAGGGCACCAGCAGCAGUACGGUCAACAAUGAGGCAGCUAAACCCAAGCAAGAGUUCGAACUGUUACCGACACCGGGUGCCGAAUCGGAGUCACUCUUCAGCAAGAACAGCAAGAAGAAAAAAUCUCUCUUUGAUACGGCCAUCUUGAAGUCACGCACGCGCACCGAACAAAAAGCGAUGCAGAGCAAAGAGAUGAUACGGGAAGUGUUUGGAGGGGAUGAUGAGCGUCCUCAAUCUGCACCGCCGCUAAGCUGUGGGACGGCCAAAGCUCCACUGUUCGAGGAGGGACUACAGAAUGUGACAUUCGACGAAAGGUACAAUGAAUUGAUGCGUAACCACGAUCGGAUCGUCGAUGAGCUAGAUGGUGGAGCUGCGGCGGCAGCCGUCAAGCAGGAACCUCUCGAAGAUGAAGACGACGAAGAAGAGGAGGAAGCGGAAGACGAGGAGGAGGAUGAUGACACGCAAGAUGGGAGUGUACGGAUGAAAGAUUCCGAGCGUGAUACCCCAUCGAUUGCUUCCGAGAGAGGCGAACGUGAUCUUCCCGGUACGCCUCUGUCCUUUCACGGUGGAGCGGCGAUCCUGAACGCGAAUGUGUCCGCAUCGACCAGUGGCCAGCUGACCGUACCAGCCGCACCCAAGAAGCGUGGCCGUGGUCAUCGCACAUCACGACGCAAGGGUAGUUCGGGGUUUGACUACAUUCGUAAGAAGAAGAAACCCUCGCAACAGCAACAUCAUGGCAGCCAUCAACAUCAGCACGGGGCGUCAGGUGGCAAUGGUCUGAAUUGUGCGAUAGGUGUUCGAAAGGUGACGGCAUUCGAGAACAUGGAGGGAAAGGAUGAGACCCACAUCAGUAAGGAGAUCCGUAGCUGGGUGCUGAACAAAGGUGUUGGUGAGAGCGUCAUGCAUAAGGCGGCUCGCUUGGGCUAUACGGACGUCAUCGUGUACUGCCUGGAACGGUUGGACAUGGAUCCAGACCUGAAGGAUAACGCUGGUUAUACGCCACUGCAUGAAGCGUGUGCCAAAGGACAUCUGGAUAUUGCCAACUACCUGCUUCAGUAUGGAGCCAGUCACUCGGAACCUGCACCGUCUGGGAUGCGCCCACUACACGAGGCAGUAGAGAACUCGUUCUUAGAGAUCGUCCGGCUGCUGCUGGCGUUCGGUGCCGAUCCUAUGUUGGCGACAUACGCUGGCAUGACACCGAUGCAGCUAUCGGAAAGCGAUGACAUGACGCGGUUCCUCGAGCACCACCUCAGCGAUGUGCAGAGUAUGGCGCCCAACAAGAUUGGUUGGAAGUUUGACGGACCUUGGAAGAUUCAUGAUCCAGAAGAAAGUGGUUGCAAUAUAUUCUCGGGCAUCCCGGGAUUCGAGGAAAGCGAUGGUCUAACAUCGCUGAAUUCCAGCGGUACCAGUAGUGGUGCGAUAUCGUCCGCCUCCAGCAAGCGAUGCGAUUCUAACUCGAACAUAAUGCACUACGAAGUGGGUGAAAGUGUUACUUCCAACUCGUCGGUUGGUACGUGCGAAUCGACACGUAAACGUAACGGCAUAUGCACUGAAAAUCCUCCGGUCGGGUUGAGAAACGGCAAAAUUAAGCGCGAACUUCCGAGCCAGGAAGUGCGUCCGGCGAAUGGAGUUGUUCCGCGUACGAUGCUAUUCAACGGCGGGGAUCGAACAGAUGCGGAACAGCAAGAUCUGGAUUUGCAUGACGCAGGUAGCGACGACGGCGAGGACGAUGAGGAGGUGAUCUUCGAGUAUGAGGAAGCAGAUCAGCACCAUUCAUUGCCACCAUUGUACGAGCUGAAGGAUGAGUACAACGAGCGCUGGAUUUUGAUGAAUGAUCUCUGCAGCUUUCUCAAGUACAAAUCGAAAGAAGCCGUGCUGAGACAGAUAUGUCCAAACAAUUCGGCCAACAGUCAUCGUGAACUGAUACGAGAGAUGAAGUUCGAAGAGUUUCUGACCCGGGCCAGCUGUUUGCAGCUGUUGUGUGCUGGGGAGAAGCUCAAGAUGACUUCUUCGAAGGUAGUGCUGGUGAAGUAUAACGACAGUGUCAAGAGCCUGCUGCAAGUACAGAGCUUCAUAACACGCAUCUAGACCACUAGGAAGCGGUCGAUGCACCGUAGGAAAAGUGAGGUCAUUUUCUGUGCAAGACUGACUGCGUUCAACACGGACACUAGUACUGAAUAAUCGCGAUAAGCAUCACGACCGGACUGUAGAGUUCCGCGCUACAGAAGAAUCAUCAUUAAAGCAGAACCUUCUAAUGGUUCGAUCACGCACCGUUCGAUAUCGAAAUAGUUUUAAGGGGUAGCUAUUUUAUUGUACAUCUUGUUAUAUUCUAUCUUAUUUUCCUUCUUUAUUAGUUUGUGUAGUCUUUAUUUCUUCUAUGUGUGUCUGUAUGUGUGUUGUGUGUGUGAUUGUGAAUAUAGAAAAUAUGUUUAGCAAAAUGGGAAAUGGAGCAGAUCGCAACUUUCCGGGAGGUGUAUUUAGCAAGAGCACAUGCGCUCGUUAGGAAGGAAGUUGCCUAAACCAUUGUGACUGGACGGUGGAUGAAGGCUAGUUGUAGCAACAAUUUUAGGUAGCAUCGCGAGUUUAGUUAGUAUGCACUAGAGACGAUAGCUAUGCGAUACAUACGUAUAGGAAUAUAUAUAUAUAUUUAUUCAACUAGCUAUCACGCUCAAAAAACGGUACACCCGUUACUCAUCGUUACUUGUAUACUCCUCGUUCCGUUUUGUUUUUGGGCUAAGCGUUCUGUUGCGUGUAGAAGCUGACGAUUGUAUAAUUUUAAACCGAUGUGCAAGCGUUUUAGUGUAGCUUAAUUAUGUUAGCUUUUGUUCAGUUUAUGUUUAUCUUGUUUGUAGUAUAAUUGUCCCUUAGACCCUGUAGUCUCGUUUGUUUGCGCAUUACGUUCGUUCGAGAUAUGUGUAACCGUGGUGUGUGUGGAGUAUGUUCUUUUUUAACCAAUUUCGUUGACUUAGAUAAAUGUUUGUUGCGUAUAAGGUACUAGACUUUCUUGUUGUUUGGUGGGAAGUAUGUUUUAUAGUGUGUUGAUGCUCAUCAGGAUGGAAAUUCUUCCAUAAAAUGACUCCAAAAACCAAUGGUGUAAAGCACGUGUGGCGUAGUUAACUCGGUACUCAAUCGAUUGAAGUAGGACAGUAGAUGAGAUACUCGAAUAUAAUCGCGUUGUGUUGUGUUGAGAGAGCAAAGGCAAGUGCAAAGUGAUGAACCGAAACGUAGAAGGGAAACACAUUGACUGAUUGUGUACUAUUACACUUUGUAACAAUAGUAGCGAACGCGAGCCUAAAUUGAGGAUUAUGAAUGGUCGUGAGAUUAGGUAUUUGAAGGUGCCUAGCAAAACUAUCUAAAUGGUUCUAAACGAAAGUCAAGGCUAAUGAUAAGGAAAACGACAAUUUGAAGGUUUCAUAUGUGCAUGUGUGUGUCGAACACGAAGGGAUUGGAUGGCACCGCCGUGUGUUCACUGUGACCCGGUUAGGUUUGUUGAGUUUUUGAAUUUUUCAAGUGCAAUCAUAGAUUUGCAAAUUUUUAACACAAACGAACCCACACACAGAGCGAGAGAGAGAGAGAGAGAUACUGACGUGUAGCUAGCAAAGAAAAAGAGAGUUGGAAAACGGAAUCGGGAUGUCUUUUAGGCGAAAAGAAAAGAGUGAAGUGCAUUAAUGCAGCGUUACGUUUUAUAAAGAGGAAUGUUUCGUAAAAGUAUAUACAAUUAGAAGCAGAUUUGUCAUCUUUGCAACGGCGCACACGUGCGCGUGUAGGAGGGUGUAAAUCAGGGUGGCAAGCAAAACAUGUGAUGAUUUUCGAAACGAUAAAAGAAAAGUAAAACAAAAUGGAAAAGUUUACAAAUAAGAAACGAUGCGGAUGCUUGAUCGAAAGAAGUUGGCAGAAAGAAAGAUGGUAAUGGAUAGAGAAACAGAAUAAUAUUAUACAACAAUUAUUAUAUGUAAUGGUACUAUGUAAAACAUCGACAAAUUUGUACGUUUCGAGUGGAAUUCGAGAAUUGUGGCGACAAAGGUGGUGCAAUCAUGUGGGAGAAACAUUCAUAUGUUAAAAAGGAUAAUAAAAUGUACUCGUAACAAAU